AUGACAUGGUUAUGCUUAUGUGCAAAAGAUGAUUCGGGAUCAAAUAAGUCUAUGGCUUUGAAUUUUAAUAUAUUAUUCGUCACAUAUUGGCUUAGGUUAAACCUUGAGUUGUACGCUUUUCCGCUCCUCAUUUCUUUGGUUAGUGCCGGAGUACUUAAACGAGAUGCCUUAGCCGAACCCGUACCCAAAGAAUAUGCCGAACCUCCAAAGACUUACGAGACUCCAAAGGAGGAAUACAAACCACCCGCUCCAGUGGAGGAAUACAAACCACCCGCUCCAGUGGAGGAAUACAAACCACCCGCUCCAAAGGAGGAAUACAAAAAACCCGAACCACCAAAGGAAUACGAAACUCCCGAACCACCAAAGGAAUACGAAACUCCCGUCAAAGAAUACAAGAGAGAUGCGCAUAAAGAACCUGAAUACAAAGAACCUGAAUACAAAAAACCCGAACCACCAAAGGAAUACGGAAAACCCGUAAAAGAAUACAGGAGAGAUCACAAGCAUUCUUCUCAUCAUCCUCGUCAUGAUUAG